AUUCUUCACCACAUUCUGCUUUGCAUCCCUUUAUUUCCCACGAACAAAAGCCAACACCACAAACCGACCUCUCAAGGUUUUUUUUUUUUUUAAAAAAAAAAAAAGAAAACCAAGAAAAUGGGAAUAGUUGAAGAAGCACACAACGUGAAGAUCCUAGGGUCAGGUGAGCAAACAGUAGUACUUGCUCAUGGAUUUGGUACAGACCAGUCAGUGUGGAAGCACCUUGUGCCACACUUGGUUGACGAAUAUAGAGUUGUUUUGUUUGACAAUAUGGGUGCUGGAACAACUAAUCCAGAUUAUUUUGACUUCCAGAGAUAUGCUAGUUUGGAGGGUUAUGCCUAUGAUGUGAUUGCAAUAUUGGAAGAAUUUCAAAUUCGUAGUUGCAUUUUUGUUGGCCAUUCUGUUUCUGCUAUGAUUGGUGUCAUUGCUUCUAUUGCUCGACCUGAUCUUUUUACCAAACUUGUCACUGUCUCUGCCUCUCCAAGGUAUCUGAACGACUCGGAGUACUAUGGAGGAUUUGAACGGGAAGAUCUUGAUCAAUUAUUUGAAGCAGUAAAAUCAAAUUACAAAGCAUGGUGUUCAGGAUUUGCGCCCUUAGUUGUGGGAGGGGACAUGGACUCUCUAGCAAUCCAGGAAUUUAGCAGGACAUUGUUCAACAUGAGACCAGACAUUGCACUAAGCGUGUUACAAAUCAUAUUCCUAAAUGAUUUAAGGCAUUUGUUGCCUCAUGUGUCUGUCCCAUGUCACAUUAUCCAGAGCAUGAAGGACUUGGCUGUGCCCGUGGUGGUGUCCGAAUAUCUCUACCAGAACCUCGGGGCCAAAUCUAUCGUUGAGGUGAUGUCAACGGAAGGACAUCUUCCACAGCUCAGUUCACCGGAUGUGGUGACUCCGGUGCUGCUUCGCCAUAUUCGUAAUGAUAUUGCGGUUUGAUUUAUUAGUACUAGGGUACCAGCAAGUUGAGCCCACUUUCGUAAGCUUAACUUGUCUAGUAAUAAUAGUAAGGGGUGUUGUUUUUGUUUGCAAAUUGUACAAAAUUGACUAUCUUGUCUAGCUAGUUGCAAUUUCUGUGUGCAAGUUUAAAUGAAUAUGCUGGAUGCAAUAACAGAAGGAACCAAAAAGGAAAAGGUCAAAUAUAUUGUGAGGCAAAAUGGUGGUCUAUGGAUGAGAUUUAUGAGCCAGCCAGCACAUCUCUUGUUUUAUGGAUCUUCAGGUGUUGAAUCAUUUGAUUAUUGGAUUGUUUUUCUUCUUUUUGAGCUAUUAUAUUACUAUGGUUCUAGUUAAUAAAUAUUAUUUUCUUUAUUUUAA